AUGACCACAUCCUUGAGCACUUCUAGAUCGCACAGCAAGGUCACCACUUGUGAUACGGAACCCGAUGAAAGCCUUCCAUGCAUUCCCGAAGGUUCAUCCGAGUGCACGUCUUCAACUUCAUCUGCAAGCAGCCGAAGCAAGCCCCGGGAGAGAUCAAUCGCUCAAGAUCCGGUUGCACCCACCGACGCAACGCUUGACCACAGUCAUGACCUCUCCAAAGAUCCAAAAGGACCAUACCGAACCAAGGCACCUCACCGGUUGAAGGAUGACAGUUCUGCUCCUGUGUAUCCUCCUUCGAUUCAUCAACUUCGAACCGAUACAAAGGCACCUGCCAGUCCACCUGCAGUUCAUCGACACGAUUUGUUUCAGGACGCAAGCGAGACGAAUGAGACCCAACCCAAUCACGACAUUGGAUUCGAUCGAGUUGAAACAUACCGAGCUAGUCCUGAUCAUCAGCUUCGGCAAGACGAAAAGACACCAGGAGCGUUUCCUUCAUCUCAUCAUUUGCACCAUGAUACGGUGAUCCGGACCAAAGCACCACGGCAGCACAUGCUUGAAGAUGAUGAGCAAGGUCCGAGCAGGUCGGGAACUCGUGGACCACACCAUCUUCAUGAGGACAAGUGA